UGGCGAGAGAGUGGAUAACACUGCACAUGUCCUGAGGAGUUUCCUGUCACUGGUGGAUCGACAAUGGCGGCUGUGGAAGUAAUUCGGCAAACGACUGAAAGUGCCCGCAGCAUUUCGCUGUCGGGCCACGUUGGCUUUGACAGUAUGCCAGACCAGUUAGUCAACAAGUCUGUGUCUCACGGUUUCUGCUUCAACAUCCUGUGUGUGGGGGAGACCGGCCUUGGGAAGUCCACCUUGAUGGACACGCUGUUCAACACCAAGUUCGAAGGUGACCCAGCUCCUCACAACCAGCCUGGAGUCCAGCUCAAGUCCAGCUCUUACGAUCUGCAAGAGAGCAACGUGCAUCUGAAACUGAACAUCGUGAACACAGUGGGCUUCGGGGACCAGAUUAACAAGGAGGACAGCUACAAAUCUAUCGUCGAGUUCAUCGAUGCUCAGUUUGAAGCCUACCUGCAGGAGGAGCUGAAGAUUAAGCGGACGCUGCACAGUUAUCACGACAGCCGCAUCCACGUCUGCCUGUACUUCAUCGCUCCCACCGGCCAUUCCUUGAAGUCUCUGGACCUGGUGACCAUGAAGAAACUGGACAGCAAGGUCAAUAUCAUCCCAGUCAUUGCCAAAGCAGAUUCCAUUUCCAAGAGUGAGCUGCAGAAAUUUAAGAUCAAAAUAAUGAGCGAGUUAGUCAGCAACGGAGUGCAGAUCUACCAGUUCCCCACUGACGAUGACACCGUGUCCGAGAUCAAUGGGACAAUGAACGCACACCUGCCAUUUGCUGUAGUUGGAAGCACAGAGGAGAUAAAGAUCGGGAACAAGAUGAUGAAGGCGCGGCAGUAUCCAUGGGGCACUGUACAAGUGGAGAAUGAAGCCCACUGCGACUUUGUGAAGCUGCGGGAGAUGCUGAUCCGAGUGAACAUGGAGGACCUUCGGGAGCAGACACACGCACGUCACUACGAGCUGUACCGACGUUGCAAACUGGAGGAGAUGGGAUUCAAGGACACGGAUCCCGACAACAAACCCUUCAGCCUGCAGGAAACUUAUGAAGCGAAGAGGAAUGAGUUUCUCGGAGAGCUGCAGAAAAAGGAGGAGGAGAUGAGGCAGAUGUUUGUCAUGAGAGUGAAGGAGAAAGAGUUUGAACUUAAAGAAGCUGAGAAAGAGUUGCACGAUAAGUUUGAUCGUCUGAAGAAACUUCACCAGGACGAGAAGAAGAAGCUCGAAGAUAAGAAGAAAAGCCUGGAUGAUGAGAUCAAUGCCUUCAAACAGAGGAAGACUGCGGCUGAGCUGCUUCAGUCCCAGGCCCAGCAAUCAGGAAGCCAGCAAACCCUCAAGCGAGAGAAAGAGCGGAAAAAUUAACAGUUUGCUGCAUCCUGCAUGAGACCCAUAAUAUCUGUUCAGGCUUCCUGUAGAAUCCUUCCCUCGGCAAGCUGGGAAUGGCUUCCCCUUCCCUCCCAAUUACAUUGCAGCGCUUAAUGCCUUCCAUUCCCAUCUCCUUUCCUCCACCUCCUCCUACCCUCCUACCCUCCACGUAAACUUGUGUGUGCAAACUUGAUACUGUGGCUGUGCUGAAUGGAGGAAUCCAGAAAUAAAUAGUAUGGAACCUGACAAAAGGACUUCCAGUUUACCGCUUCAGUGCUUGCAUGGUACAACACGAGCUGUCAAAUGAGCAUCAGAGACUGUGCAACUCAAUAACCCCAACAAUAAGACCAUGUGGCUCUCAGGUGCCUUAGAAACGCACAGGAAACCUUUGCAUGAAAUCGUCAUUGUUUGUGUCUCUCAUUUGCUGUUCGCACUGCAGACUACCGAACCAUGUGAUCAUAUCUAACAGUUCUCUCUUUUUUUAUAUUAUUUUAACUUGAAAUAAUAUGACUUGAGUUUAUUUCAGGUACGUUAAAAUAACGCAUGCGUUAACACAUUCGUUUUUUUUUCAAAGGAAAAAUGAAGCUUUUUUUUACAUACAUAAAUAUAUAUAAUCUCGGAAGGAGAAAAAUGUAAGUUAUGAAGCGUGGGUGCAAUAAGCUCUUUGGGUUUUAGUUACAGUAUUGCAAAGUUGCACACAUUUGCAUUUGUCCAUUCGUGGGUUAAUUUUCAGGCACUCUGGCUAGCCCGUCGAAGAUGUUCUUCCAGUUUAAUCAUUUGAGAUUUUGUUUAAGUUUCCGCACUCUGAACUUAGUUCACACCUGUUCCUUCCAGUUGUUUUGUCCUUCCGAUAAGUCAAUUUGCGGGAAAAAAAAAAUGCAAAUGUGCAUUGUUUUCAUUCAUUCAUUGGUACAUCUAUAAAACGGGUCCAAAACAUUCCCGCGCUGAAAAGAACUGUUCAAAAGAACAUUAUUCAUAUAUUUUUAUAUAUAAAUGAAUUUUAUUCUACUUUUAUUAUCGCACUUGCUAUUUGAAGGGCUGCCUGACUGUGUAAAAUUGAUGCCUUUCAAGCCACACGAGGGCUUUAAGUAUGCAUUAAAUGUGAAUUGAAGUGUAAGAUUUUCCUUAGCGCUGCCAUUCAUUUCUGUCUGUGUUUUUCUUUGCACUCUUCCUUUACAGUACCCCAUGGCUCUGCACUGAAUAAUUAAAGCGCCCUCAGUGAUAUGGAACACGUUUCCAUUAUUUUUUUCUUGUAAGCAGUGGUCAAUAUUAGAAGGGCAGCUACUGAUAGCAGCACUCCAGCUGUGGCCUGAGCAUUUGAAACGUGAAGCCUUUACCUGCGCGCAUCUUUUCGCGAUCGAACAACUUGUGUUUUCUUUUUUUUAAAAAAAUAAAAUGAAUGGUAAAUCGUACACCAGAAAAGUGCAUGCUACUUAGGCCCAUGCUCUCUACAUACAAUAUGUAGUUUGGGCCCUGUGUGUGUGUGUUUUAUGUUUUUUUUUUAAAUUGCACAAUAUUUAUUUUCUAAUUUUGACAUUUUUUUUAAAAAAAAUUGAGCGCUAUUUUUGAAACUUGUAACUUUUUUUAAACUAGUGAGACAUUUGUAUUUUCUCAGGUCAGUCAUUCUAAUGAAACCGAAACCAAGUACAUUGUUCAGAACCGCCACCAUUUUUUUUGUGCACUGUCUCAUGCAAUUGUUCUCAAUCGAUUAUGCAGGUUUUUCUUUUACAAUGACUUGUGAUUGUUGCUUAUGUAGGAUUUUUAUUUUAGUACAUUUCGGUCUGUGCUAUUUCCAACCCCCACCCCCCUUUGCUUAUGGCGACACAGAUUGUUUCCAAUCUAUUCCAGUGUUUGAAACUAUUAAAGUCGGUUAUACCUCA